CCCGGAGACACUUCCCAGUUGCACCAGAUAAACAUGGACGCCUCCCCGCCGUCAGACGUGUGUGUGGGCACCUCGGAUGGAAACAUGAACUCCACAAUGGAAACGGACGGGCGCUCAGUCACAGAGGACGAAGGCGAGCACGAAACGAUGGCUGAACCAGAACAAAAGGACACUUUUAAAAAACCAGCCAUUUUCGCGGUGCCUUCUCUCGCCAGCAAACGCGGGAACGUCGCCGCUGCGUCCAAAUCCACAGCCGCAAAACCCGUGAAGGAACCCGGCCGGGCCGAGGCUGGACACCCCGCUGGGGAGGACUCGGCGGCUCCUGGAAAUGACAACACGACCACGGAAACGGGUCGGGUGGAGGAUGAGGACGGCGGUGACGUUAAAAACAAGAAUGUGUCUCCCUUUAAAAUCAAACCAGCAGCUAAACCCAUGGUGCUCCCAUCUAAAGGGCCCCCUGUUGGUAAGUCCCCACCCGUCCCAUACACGGAGCCGUCUUGGGGGGGCAUUGCCACGGAUGUGCCCUAUUCUCUGGAAAUUCUUAAAAACGGCACCAUCGUGGACACGGUACCCCUGACGCAGAAGAGCUACUUCGUGGUCGGACGUCUACCUGUGUGUGACGUCUCCCUGGAGCAUCCCUCCAUCUCCAGGUACCACGCCAUACUUCAGUACCGGGGACAGGCCGGGGAUGGAGACUCCGUGGGGGAGGAGAGGGGGUUUUACGUGCACGACCUGGGAAGCACGCACGGCACCGUGGUGAACAAGAACAAGGUUCCCCCGAAGACCCACAUCCGGCUCCGGGUGGGACACGUCCUGAAGUUUGGGGGCAGCACGAGGCUCUUUAUCCUUCAGGGUCCAGAGUUUGACGAAGAAGAGGAGUCUGAUCUCACGGUGACGGAGCUGAGAGAGAAGGCCCGAAAACAGAAGGAAGCACUUGAGAAGAGGAUGAUGGGAGACGGUUCUGAUGAUGAUGACGAUGAUGGUGGGGAUAAGGAGGAGGACGAGGCGGCGGGACACGGUCAAGGGGAAAUCAACAAGGGCCAGAGCAAAGACUCUGGCUGCUCGUGGGGAAUGGCCGAAGAGGUCGUUCCGGAGGACGACGAGAACGAGGAAAACCCUUUUUCAACCGAGUUCCAAGAGGACCAGGAAGCGGCCUACCUGAAGGACCCAAAGAAGGCUCUGCAGGGCUUCUACGACAGGGAAGGAGAGGAGCUAGAGUUUGAGUAUGAAGACCAAAAUCACGGCACGUGGCUCUGCAGGAUAAAGCUCCCGGUGGACGACGCCGCGGGCCGGCAGCUGGUCGCCGAGGCGACCCACACCGGCAAGAAGAAAGAUGUGGCCAUCCAGUGCUGCCUGGAGGCAUGCCGAAUGCUGGAAGCCCGAGGGCUGCUCCGCCAGGAAGCAGUGUCUCGCAAGCGCAAGAAGAAGAACUGGGAAGACGAGGACUACUACGACAGCGAUGACGACACCUUCCUGGAUCGAACCGGCACCGUGGAGCGGAAGAGGCAGGAGAGAAUGAAAAAGGCGGGAAAGGUGGAGGAGCGGCCCCAGACGUACGAGUCGCUGGUGGCCAAACUAUCAGAGGUGGAGACGGAGCUGGCGGAGGCUCAGACAAAGCUCAGCGGCGGGAGGGGCGACUCCUCCGGCUCCUCGGCCGAAGACCCACUGGACGCCUUCAUGACCGCGGUGCGGAGCGAGGCGGCGAUGGACGCCGUGGAGCGCAGGAAGGUCCACCUGCACGUGGCUGAGCUUCGCAAAGAUGCGCAGAGGCUGCGCAUGCUGGUGGAGCUGUCGCGGCCCGCCCGCAUGCCCUCGCUGCUGCCGAGUGGUAGCGCAGAGCCAGAGGCGCCCAAAAAAACCUUACCGCUGUUCGGAGCCAUGAAGGGGGGAAGCAAAUUCAAACUGAAGACCGGCACCAUUGGGAAGUUACCUCCGAAGCGCCCCAACUUGCCCGCCGAGCUCUUCAACAUGAAAGAACUUCCACCCAGUGGAGAAGAAGAGGAGGAGGAGGAGGAGGAGGUGGAGGAGGAAGCAAAGGAAGGGGAACAGGGAAAUGAGGAUGAAGAGUAUGCAACUCUUACUGAGACUAACCCUGAGGAGUCUGGCGCGUCCAUGUCUCCGUCGGUGCAGCAAAGACGGAAACCACGGCGCUCUCAAGAGCCCAAAGAGCGCAGCGGCACACCGACGGGAGGCGAGGUGUCCGCUGAAGGAGCGGAGCUGGACUCUCAGCGCAAGGAGGGGGCCUCGCCGGGUCCAGAGUCCCAAACAGGAGGCGAUGGAGGCCCAGCAGCAGAGCCCAGCCCCAGAAAGAAUGUGAAGAAGAAAGUGAUUGGCCCCAGCAGGCCCCCAAGGCAGCCCUCGGGACCGUAUCCAGAGGACGACCCCGAUUACUGCGUCUGGGUGCCCCCCACAGAUCAGACUGGAGACGGACGUACACACCUGAACGCCAAGUACGGCUACUGAGAGAGAACAUGAGAGGGAGGGAGGGAGGGAGCUCGUGUCUCCACUCCACCAGCUCUUGGACUGCAGAUAACACCUCCCGCACAAAGCCUCCUGGGCUCUGACCGUUAACCCUCUCGGCCCGGCUCAGUCCUCGUGGGGUUCAGCCUAGAAAAACAAAAAAAAAACAAUGCCGCAGUGUGUGUGUGUGUGUCUCGUUUUUAUGACCAUCUGGACACUUGGAUGGGUUACUGGAUGAAACGCAAGCUGAUGAGGACUCGCACUAAGUGGAGUGUGCGUGUCCACACAAGCGCGCGCACACACCUUUUCAGAGUUCUCUUUUAAACAGGAUUGUCUUUGUGAGUGAGUCAGCUAUUGUGGUGUUUGCCUAGAGCAGGGUUCCUCGCUGUGAGAUCCCACUCAGUGCUCUUCUGUUUGCUUUACUGCCCUCCUCUUUCCUGUUGGGAAGAAACAGUUUUGUUUUAUAUAAGUGUAAAAAUAAAAAUUGUCAGUACAAAACCUGAGAGUCACACUG